AUGCAAAUAGUACUGGUAGGAUCGGCUGAAAUCAUUUGAAACCCUCUUUAAAGACUGAAAUUCUUGCAUAAACAAAAGGUUUGUAUGUGCUGCUCUUUUAAAAAGGUUGUUAAUGAAAGCAGAAAAAGGUAAUGCCAGAGGAAAAGAUCAGGAAUUCAUCCCAUUCUUACAGGAAAAUAGUUCCUUGUGCUUUCCAGUUAGCUUUCCAAGAGCAAAAGGAUAGGACAGUGCUCUGCUCCAGAGAGUGGAGCUGAAGGUAUAGAGAUGGGGGAGGGAUGCCACCUUUGACAACUGUUGGUGUGGCAGCAAUUCCUCCUGUGGGACAGAACGGCUAACGGACAGAUGGGUCAGAAUGCGAAAUCCCUAUCUCAGAGAGUAGGGAGGGCUCCCUGCGGCCUCCUCCCUCCAGGAGGUGGGGACAAGGUGGAGCAAGGAUUGCGAGAGGAGGAGCUCGCUCAUCACCACAAGCCCGGUCGCGUCCAGUCUCGCCUGGGCGCGGAGGAAAAGAUCUCCUAAUCGCCGCCACUGGAGUAGCCUGUCCUGGUGCCCCAGUGCUCUGCCCCCAUCCAGUCAUGACCCUGCGCCCCUUAUUCCUGCCCCUCCAUCUCCUGCUGCUGCUGCUGCUGCUGCUCAGUGGGACGGUGUGCCGGGCUGAGGCUGGGUUCGAAACCGAAAGUCCCAUCCGGACCCUUCAAGUGGAGACUUUGGUGGAGCCCCCCGAACCGUGUGCGGAACCCGCUGCUUUUGGAGACACGCUCCACAUACAUUACACGGGUACCUUGAUAGAUGGACGCAUUAUUGACACCUCUCUGACCAGAGAUCCUCUGGUUAUAGAACUUGGCCAAAAGCAGGUGAUUCCAGGUCUGGAGCAGAGCCUUCUAGACAUGUGUGUAGGAGAGAAGCGAAGGGCCAUCAUCCCUUCUCACUUGGCCUAUGGAAAACGGGGAUUUCCACCAUCUGUCCCAGCGGAUGCAGUAUUGCAGUAUGACGUGGAGCUGAUUGCACUGAUCCGAGCCAACUACUGGCAAAAGCUGGUGAAGGGCAUUUUGCCUCUGGUAGGCAUGGCCAUGGUGCCAGGCCUCCUGUGUCUCAUUGGGUUUCACCUAUACAAAAAGGCCAACACACCCAAAGUCUCCAAAAAGAAGCUCAAGGAAGAAAAACGAAACAAGAGUAAAAAGAAAUAAAUGAUAGUACUUUUAAAGAGCUU